GCGGUGGGUGGGGGUGAGGAUUCUGUUCCGUAACGUCGCCACGGGGAGACUGGGGAAGAAAAGGGCUGAUCACUUCUACAAGGUACCGAUGAUGUGCUGACGAGCCAAGAAGGCCAUCUGUCCGUGCGGUUCCUGACACUGACGGCCCCAGGCCCCAGUAAUAGUGGCAUUUCUUUAUGCAGCUCUGUCAGUGGACAUGACGCCUUACAAAAAACUUUUAGAAAAGAAGAAGAUGGAAAGUAAUGCUGUUAUUUUGGAAUCAAAAUCUUCACCAAUCAACCUUCUGAAUGAAAUGCACCAGCUGCGUCUCCUAGGUCACCUUUGUGAUGUGACUGUGAGUGUGGAAUAUCAGGGUGUCCGGGCAGAGUUUGUUGCGCAUAAAGCUGUCCUGGCAGCAACAAGCAAGUUUUUUAAAGAAGUGUUUCUUAAUGAAAAGGGCAUGGAUGGACCAAGAACAAAUGUAUUAUUGAAUGAAGUCCAGGUGGCAGACUUUGCGUCUUUUCUUGAGUUUGUCUAUACUGCCAGGGUGGAGGUAGAAGAAGAUCGGGUUCAGCGUAUGCUGGAAAUAGCUGAGAAGCUCAAGUGCUUAGAUUUGUCAGAAACCUGUUUUCAACUAAAGAAGCAAAUGCUCGAAUCCGUGUUAUUGGAGUUACAGAAUUUUUCUGAAUCACAGGAUGCGGAAGAGGAAAGUGGAGCCCAGCCAAGUAGUUUACAUGAGCCAAAGGCAGUCACUGAAACACAAGUUGACAACACAGAUUACCUUGCAAAAUCUCCUCUUGAAAGGCCCAGAGAUGGAGAUGAUCUUGAAGCACCCACUGCUAAAUUAAAGGAAAAGUUAGACAAAAAGAAAGAAGCCCUGAAGACACCCUGUGUCAAAAUCCGGAGGGCCAGUGGAAGACUGGCAGGCAGGAAAGUCUUUGUGGAAAUACCCAAGAAAAAGUACACAAGGCGCCUGAGAGAGCAGCAAAAGUAUGCUGAGGCUGUUGCGGAAGAAGAGAGCAGGCUCUCCAAAGACCACAGCAUGCCCGAGGAAGGCGAGAAGGAGGAGAAGGAGCAAGUGCCCAGCAGUGUGAAGCCUGAACACCAGGGGUGCGAUGGCACAGGGGAACUGGGAGAAAACUUGAUUAAAAUGGAGGAUGAUAAAAAGAACCGUGGUGGCAACUUUACCUGCAGCACUUGUGCCCGAGAAUUCCUGUAUGAGAAGAGCUUUCUGAAGCACAUAAAGCACAGCCAUGGGAUUGCAGCUGAAAUUAUUUAUCGUUGUGAAACCUGCGGCCAGACUUUUGCCAACCGGUGCAACCUCAAAAGCCAUCAGCGUCAUGUUCACAGCAGUGAGCGCCACUUCCCAUGUGAGCUCUGUGGCAAGAAGUUCAAGAGGAAGAAGGACGUCAAGCGGCACAUUCUGCAGGUUCAUGAGGGUGGUGGGGAGCGACAUCACUGCCUACAGUGUGGAAAGGGUUUGAGCUCCAAAACGGCCUUGAGGCUUCACGAAAGGACACACACAGGCGACAAGCCUUAUGGGUGCACAGAGUGCGAGGCUAAGUUUUCUCAGCCUUCGGCACUUAAAACACACAUGAGAAUCCACACUGGUGAAAAGCCUUUUGUUUGUAGUGAUUGUGGGGCAAAAUUCACACAGAAUCACAUGCUUAUAUAUCAUAAAAGAUGUCACACAGGGGAACGACCUUUCAUGUGUGAAACAUGUGGGAAGAGCUUUGCCUCUAAGGAGUAUCUGAAACACCACAAUCGCAUCCACACUGGGUCCAAGCCGUUUAAAUGUGAAGUUUGCUUCCGAACAUUUGCACAGAGGAAUUCGCUGUAUCAGCACAUCAAAGUUCAUACAGGUGAGCGUCCCUACUGUUGCGAUCAGUGUGGCAAACAGUUUACUCAGCUCAAUGCCCUGCAGCGCCACCAUCGGAUCCACACUGGGGAGAAGCCAUUCAUGUGCAAUGCCUGUGGGCGAACGUUUACUGACAAAUCUACUCUUCGGCGGCACACCUCGAUUCAUGAUAAGAACACACCCUGGAAGUCAUUUCUUGUAGUCGUUGAAGGAGCCUCUAAGAAUGAUGAAGAUCAUAAGACAGAACUUCCUGAUGAAGAGUAUGAUGUGACUCGUUGCAAAAUAACAGAGAAGCUGCUGUCGUUGUCUGAAAAUGGACACUAUCAAAGUCUGGCUCCUGUGCAGGGGAGCAUAACUGCUCUGCAUGAAAGUGGAUCCCCCACAGUAACAGACUGCAAAUCAGGGGGCACAGCAGGGUCCCAGGAAGUCCCCAUAGCCACAGCUUUGCAUGAUCUCACUGUGUUGCACACCCAGACGGACUCGCUUCAGCCCUCACUUUCACACCUUGGUGAAUAUAGAAUAGCAUCAUUGGCUGUGGAGGAAGUUCCAUCGCAACAAUAAUCUGCUGAGUAUUGUAGACUCUGAGAGCGCCCAUGGACUGCACAGGAAUAAUGAAUGCUCGCAGCUGGUGCUUCCAGUGUCCUCUCUUUCCCCUCAAACCUAUAUUUCUGGAGUUGUCUUAACUGAAGAAUUCAGUUCUCAUCCCAUAUUUUGAAGAGAAAACUACUCUUCACCCAUGUCUCUGUAAGUUAAAGUGGGUUUCAGAUUACACAGUCAGUUUAGGCGAAGAUUCAUCACUCUUUUAAUCUCUCUUCCGUUCCCAUGAUAUAAUGUUUUAUUUGGCUAUUGAUAUUUUUCAGUGGCCCAAUUUGAGAGUAAUUCUGAUUUUUUAAAAUAAUAUUGAACUCUGCAUUCUAUGCAAAUGAAUAGGACACAUAAGACAGUCUCUCUCUGGACCCAGCACUUAAUGCAGUUUUAAUGUAGGGCUGUUUGGAAAAGUGAGGAAAAAUAAACCCUCAUAUUAAACAGGUAAUAGGAAAUGUGAAAUAUUUGACACACUUUUCUGAACAGAAAACUUUGGGAAAUGUUUGUACAGCCACGGACUGGAUCUAACUGGAUCUAUUCACUAGAGGGAAAAGUUCACUCUCAGCCUCCCUUCAGCCUUCCCACCCCAAAUCUUCUGUGGGUUGACGUACUAUCUGGAACAGAUUUCAGAAAGGCUGCAGGGGGAGCAGGGAAAGGGAGGGGGAAAAUCCCACUGUGUGAACAGCAGUUCCCCUCAGAUGAUAUCAACUAUCUUCCCAAAACACUAAAACGCAUAUAAUCAAUCUGCACUCUCAGUCUGAAGUAGGUUUCAGAGUAAUUUAACUGGGUCAAUAUUUGUGGAAGGAUUUCCUCAGCCUUUCCCUGUAGCCGGGCCUUCCAAGUACUUGGCACUCUUCAAGCUGGCUCAGCUCUUUUGCCCCUCCCUAUCGUUUUGAAUGCCCGUGCACACCUUCUGUCUCUGCCAUAGGCAUUCCUCUCCCCUUCAUGCAUUCCUUGCAGCGUGGCACUUAUUCAGAUGGUACUGUACUUCUAAAUGGUUCAUUCCCCAGGAAGCCUUAAUAUUCUUCCCAUUUUCUACAGAUCCCAGUGCCCACCUUUGGUCAUUGUGUAUUUGGCUGGGGGAGAUAGUGUUCUCUAACCUGAUAUAUUUCCUUGGCAGCAUACCACUAGAAUAGAUCGCUCCAAAAUACUGAAUGUGGUUUUCUCAAAUAAGAUGGCACAUCUUGCUCUAGGUAAUUUAUUGUAGUUUUUCCCUUCUCUCGCUUCUCUAUUAGAUCUGAUAAAAUGUUCUUGAAUCUAGUUUCUGGCAAUGGCCUGAAAAAUCUGGGUAAAUAUUCUUGUUUUGUAUUCACAAGUAUUUAUACCAAAGGCUGCACAAAUUUAUUGGAAGGUCAAGUUACAGCAAGAACCUACAUUCUAAAUUAUGGCUGACAUUCAUUUGACAAGUCGAGUUCUUUAGGUCUCCAACUUAAUUUUUUACAAAAUGUAAGCAUGAAAUGUUUGUUCAGUGCAGCUUUAGUGCUGCUAGGUAGACCAAGGCAAAGCAGCUGCCAAAAUUUGAGAAAACACAACUUGCUUUUAAAAUGUGUUUUCCUCCUCAUGGAAGUCAUAGGGAAGGCUUACUUUGUUGCAGCCAGAAAUGCAUCAAUAUUGUGCCUUUUUAUUUUUAAAUUCAGGAAAAAGUGCCAAAUUAAAAUAUGUAUUUAAGUCUGACAUUCAGCUGACUUCCAACAGGACAUAUUAAUAUAAUUACUUGAGUAUAUCUUCCAUGCCCACCAAGGUACCGACACCUCUCAAAUGAAGCAUUGCUCAUAAGAGCUAAUGGAAUCUGUUUUCAGCUAUGUUUCUUUUCAUGAAUGUUCAGCGUGUUUUAGUUUAGGAAGUUGUUACAGGACAGGGUUUUACAAAACAAUUAGAAUGUUAGUACUGCCUUUCAAACGCAAGGAUACUGCUUGUCAUACCUUUCUCCCUUUGUUCAUACAGAGAAAUUGCUUUUAUGGCUUGAUGUCGAGUUGUAUCCAGCUGUGUCUUCACACCGAAAAAACAGACAUGUUUGUUGGAAAGACUUCUUCCCUUCUCCAGAUCUGCUGCAUCUCCCUAGCCCCCCCCCCCCAUCUGUAGCAAAAAAUUGGGGGACCCUCCAGAGCAGAUUUGGGGAAGCAUGGCAGAAGGAAGCAAGCCUAUUGCACAAGCAUAUAUCUGCUCACAUGAUAAUGGAUGUCAACCGGUUCUUUAUGCUUGUCUUUCACUGCCUUGGUCCUUUGAAGAGAUGCUUGCAACAACUUAGCAUAAGUUUUAACAGUGGCCUUUUCUGCUCUGGUUAACUUGUCCAUUUGGCCCUGUACCCACUCACACCACCACUAUAUGGAAGCUUUUGACAGGAUUGGUUGAGAGAGAACUUCCCUUGUGUUUAGGCAAAGUUACACUCUGGAUUAAGCGUACCAGAUUUAGCCUCCUCCAAAGCUUUCAUUCAUUUCUGUCUAUUACAUCAAGUUCAAAAUCACAUGGGGCAGGCAGGAAGGGAUCUAGGCCAACUUUGAUGCACCACAAUGCCUAACAUGAUACUGCCCUGAUAUGUAUUGAAAGGCAAAGCAAUAAAAGGUCAGUCCAGGAAUGUGUCAAAUUUUUGUAAAUCCCAUAGUAACAGUUCGUUGCCAUCUAUUCCUUGUUCAUUUAAUCCACUAAAAGGGAUAUUCUUAGAAAUACUCCCAAGAGGUUAUAUUUACAUAUUUAUUUUGUAAGCCUUGUGCUCCUUUUCAACUGUUGAAUUUUAAUGACCAGUUGCAAAAAGUUUGUAGUAAAUAUUUAAAUCCUUCUGUUAGUACCUAUAGGUAAGGAUCUUAUUUUGUACUCUGAAGAUGUGAAAGUGGGUUAACUUGUAUGAAUUGAUAAGCCCCAUUAAACAAAAGUUUAAAUAGUG